GUUGCUGUCGGAGGAGAGACACGUUGCUGCCCUGUGGGGUACGGACCUGCGCGCCCCGGGCGGCUUUGGUGGGACCCGCAGGCAGGAGGGGUUGGGUGGAUGGUGGCCGUGCCCCGAGAGCACCCGGGGCUGCGAGCUGAGCGCGGACGCCCGGAGCUGCGUGGUGAAGGAGAACGACGACUUCUUGGAGCACCUGGUCCUGCUGAGAACGAUCUGCCUGGGGGCUGGCGCCAGGGAUGAGCCGCACGUCGUGGCCGUUGAUUCCAAAAACACCUACAGAGACCACAAGCCGGUGCCCAUCGCGGCGCUGCGGAGCUCGGUGCUCCCCAUGAUCAGCCUCAAAGGUCUGGAGCUGGUCCCUCCCGUCACCUUUGUGCUCAAGUGUGGAACUGGACCAGUGUAUCUCAGCGGGCAGCAUGUCACCUUGGAAGAUGAUGCCAAGUCCGAAGCCCAUGAGGAAGAGCUCUCGGAGGAAGACCUAGGAAUCGCUCUGCCCAUCGCCUGUUUGGAUCAACGGGACAAAGUUUUCACAGCAGCCCAGGAAACGCAGCCAGAAGCUGCCCAGAACAAGCAGCCACUGAAAUAA